CCAAGCAGGCUCCCUGCAUCAGCACAGAGCCCGAGGCGGGGCUCAAACUCGGGAGCCGAGGGAUCAGGCCCUCAGCCGAAUCAAGAGUCCAGCGCUUAACCCACCGAGCCACCCAGGCACCCCUCUCGAUUAGCGUCACGUCCUCGAAGUUCGUUUCUGCUGGACCAUGUUCGCGCUCCCCCCCCCCCGUGUGAGGCUGAUGAUUCCGUUGUGUGCGCGUGACUUGUUCUGUUUGUCCGUUUGUCUAUUGAUGGGCACGGGCUGGUUUCCACCUUCGGCCCCGAUGACCACGCCGCCGGGAACGCUCCCGCUCCCACACACGUCUCUGUGUGUAUGUUGUGCGUUCUGUCAUCUGACGCCCAGCGCGCCUCUCUUCGUGGGGGGGGCAUCUUUCCCCCAUUGUGAGGUGAAGGUCUGGGUGACCUGUGGUCAAGUGCAGGCCUCCGUGCAGGUCAAGCCCAGACCACCCACCUGUGGUGUGCUUUCGACCAUGACCCCUCGGAGCCUUUUAGCAGAGCUCAGCAGGUGCAAGACAACGGGGGGCCUGGAGUGGCCGGUCAGGGGCCAGGAGGGAACAGAGCCACUCAGGGCUCAGCGCCCCAGGGAGAAACUCUGAUUUCCUCCGUUUUAAGGGAGAACAGGAAAUCAUGGGACAGUGUUGAGCAGAGAGAUGUGGUGUGAUUGGUGCUUUUAGAAGGUGACUUCUGUUGCUGCGUAGACAAUGGUCGUGGGGGGGUGAGGGGCAGCAGGUGGAGGGUCCGGAGGCUGCGGGUGGUCCUUCGCGAGAGAGACGGUGGUGGCUCUGGUGAGGCCGGGUGGGGGUGGAGGGACAGACUCGGGACAAGCGUGGCUGCUGUGUCUCCCUCUGUCACCUGGGCUCCUGGGUGACUCCCGGAGCCUGUGCACACCGGCUCAGUACUGCGUCGCACGUGGGCGCAGAGCCCCUGGCCUUAUUUGAGCAGGGGAGAAACCAACCCUGCUCUGGCAGCUUCAGGAACUGCAGAGAGGAAAUAGCCGCCGAUCUUAGCCAGAAAAGGGGCAGAGUGAGUGACGAAAGGAAGAAGGAAGAGAAGAGAACAGGCAGAGGGCCUAGACUCUGCUAGAGUCAAAGGGGAAGUGGGGGCUGGUGGCGGGAGUGAGAGGAAAGGCCCCAGACUGGGGCGGGGUCAGGAACUCACCACCUCCUCCCGGCAUGCUGUUUCCCAGGGUCCUUGGAAAUUCAAGAUGCAUGCACUUACCCUUCCGCCCAGCAACUCCGCUUCUAGAAGCUUUGUCUUGUGAUGGUGCCGGGACAGGCACACCGUCUAGGUCUAGGCAGGGGUAUCAGUGAACUAAGUCCAAAAUGCCGAAAACCCCCUCAACGGCCAUCAGUCUGGAGUUGAUUUAAUCUUGAUACGUUCUACUCAAUGACCCCUUUGUAGUCGUCAAGAAAGCCGCCCGGCUUCCCACUCCCCUGCCCGCCAUGGCCUCAGCCGACAAGAAUGGCGAGAGCGUGUCCUCCGCGUCCAGCAGCCGCCUGCAGAGCCGGAAGCCGCCCAACCUGUCCAUCACCAUCCCCCCACCCGAGGCCCCGGCCCCUGGCGAGCAGGCUAGCAUGCUGCCCCAGGGGGCCAAAGAGCAAGCUGAGGGUUCGGGCUCCACCAAGUCCCAGCCUGUCCCCCUGCAGAGGCCCAGGAACCCAGCCUACGUGAAGAGCGUCAGCCUCCAGGAGCCGCGGGGAGGGCGGCAGGAGGGCGGCUCGGAGAAGCGCCCGGACUUCCGCCGCCAGGCCUCCCUGUCUCAGAGCAUUCGAAAGGGCACGGCUCAGUGGUUCGGGGUCAGCGGCGACUGGGAGGUGAAGCGACAGCACUGGCAGCGGAGGAGCCUGCACCACUGCAGCGUGCGCUAUGGCCGCCUCAAGGCCUCGUGCCCGCGGGACCUGGAGCUUCCCAGCCAGGAGGUGCCCUCCUUCCAGGGCACCGAGUCUCCGAAACCCUGCAAGAUGCCCAAGAUCGUGGACCCGCUGGCCCGGGGACGGGCGUUCCGCCACCCGGACGAGGUGGACAGGCCCCACGCCCCACACCCGCCGCUGACCCCCGGGGUCCUGUCCCUCACGUCCUUCACCAGCGUUCGCUCUGGCUACUCCCACCUGCCCCGCCGCAAGAGGAUGUCUGUGGCCCACAUGAGCUUUCAGGCGGCCGCCGCCCUCCUCAAGGGGCGCUCGGUGCUGGACGCCACGGGCCAGCGGUGCCGGGUGGUCAAGCGCAGCUUUGCCUACCCCAGCUUCCUGGAGGAGGACGCCGUGGAUGGGGCAGACACAUUUGACUCCUCGUUUUUUAGUAAGGAAGAAAUGAGCUCCAUGCCCGACGAUGUGUUUGAGUCGCCCCCGCUCUCGGCCAGCUACUUCCGGGGGAUCCCACGCUCCGCCUCCCCGGUCUCCCCCGAUGGGAUGCCGGUCCCUCUGAAGGACUAUGGCCGAGCCCCGGGGCCCGGGGCCAGGCGCAGCAGGCGCAUUGCCUCCAAGGUGAAGCACUUUGCCUUUGACCGCAAGAAGCGGCACUACGGCCUGGGUGUCGUGGGCAACUGGCUGAACCGCAGCUACCGGCCCAGCAUCAGCAGCACCGUGCAGCGCCAGCUGGAGGCCUUCGACAGCCACCGGCCCUACUUCACCUACUGGCUGACCUUCGUCCACAUCAUCAUCACACUGCUGGUGAUCUGUACCUAUGGCAUCGCGCCUGUGGGCUUCGCCCAGCACGUCACCACCCAGCUGGUGCUCAGGAACAAAGGUGUGUACGAGAGCGUGAAGUACAUCCAACAGGAGAACUUCUGGAUCGGCCCCAGCUCGAUCGAUUUGAUCCACCUGGGGGCCAAGUUCUCGCCCUGCAUCCGGAAGGACCGGCAGAUCGACCAGCUGGUGCUCCGGGAGCGAGACCUGGAGCGGGACUCGGGCUGCUGUGUCCAGAACGACCACUCGGGCUGCAUCCAGACCCAGCGCCAAGACUGCUCGGAGACUUUGGCCACUUUUGUCAAGUGGCAGGAUGACACGGGCCCCCCCAUGGACAAGUCUGACCUGGGCCAGCGGCGGACAUCAGGGGCAGUAUGCCAUCAAGACCCCAGAACCUGUGAGGAGCCAGCCUCUAGCGGCGCCCACAUCUGGCCCGACGACAUCACCAAGUGGCCAAUCUGCACGGAGCAGGCCAGGAGCAACCGCACGGGCUUCGUGCACAUGGACUGCCACAUCAAGGGCCGCCCCUGCUGCAUCGGCACCAAGGGCAGCUGUGAGAUCACCACCCGGGAGUACUGUGAAUUCAUGCACGGCUAUUUCCAUGAAGAGGCAACACUCUGCUCCCAGGUGCACUGCUUGGACGAGGUGUGCGGGCUGCUGCCCUUCCUCAACCCCGAGGUCCCAGAUCAGUUCUACAGGCUCUGGCUGUCUCUGUUCCUCCACGCGGGCGUGGUGCACUGCUUCGUGUCUGUGGUCUUCCAAAUGACCAUCCUGCGGGACCUGGAGAAGCUGGCCGGCUGGCACCGCAUCGCCAUCAUCUUCAUCCUCAGUGGCAUCACUGGCAACCUCGCCAGUGCCCUCUUCCUCCCGUACCGGGCGGAGGUGGGCCCAGCCGGGUCGCAGUUCGGCCUCCUCGCCUGCCUCUUCGUGGAGCUCUUCCAGAGCUGGCAGCUGCUCGAGCGGCCCUGGAAGGCCUUCCUCAACCUGUCGGCCGUCGUCCUCUUCCUGUUCGUCUGCGGCCUCCUGCCCUGGAUCGACAACAUCGCCCACAUCUUCGGCUUCCUCAGCGGCCUGCUGCUGGCCUUCGCCUUCCUGCCCUACAUCACCUUCGGCACCAGCGACAAGUACCGCAAGAGGGCGCUCAUCCUGGUCUCGCUGCUGGUCUUCGCCGGCCUCUUCGCCUCGCUGGUCAUCUGGCUCUAUGUCUACCCCGUCCACUGGCCCUGGAUCGAGUACCUCACCUGCUUCCCCUUCACCAGCCGCUUCUGCGAGAAGUACGAGCUGGACCAGGUGCUGCACUGACCGCCCGCCCCCCGGGUGGGGCAUCACUGCUGUCCACGGGGCACUGAGGGCACUGGGGCCGCUGGCCGCACUCCACCAGGGGAGAGUCACAAGGGCGGGGUCCCCUGGGGCAGUGAUUUCUUUCUCAAGGUCCUCAGGCUUUGUCCAUCCCCCGCUCAGCUUCUGCUGGUGACUCCAUGCUGUGCACACGUGUGUGCACGCGCACACACACACACACACACACACACACACACACACCCCAUCACUGUGAGCGUGCCCGUACUGGGACAUGGGCAGGGUUCCCGCCCCUGCCUCACCACGCCAGCCCUCCUGCCCGUCUCUCCUCCCGUCUCUGCCCUAAGAGCCCGUGUCCCUCGUUCUUCGGUGGCCUGGUGAGCCUGCCCUCGACGCUCCUGGAGCGGACUCCUGGGAAAGGCUUUGCCGUGGUCCGGGGCAGAGAAAGAGCAGCAAGACCCGGUCAGGCUGGGAGGCUGGGAGCCCCUCCGCGUCCGUCCCGGCCCUCCCUUCGAGUCAGUGUUCUGCCUCAUGGGGCUGGCUCUACGAAGGCCCCCUGACCCCACUCUGCCUCACUCCUGCCCAAGGUGGGGGGGGGCGCUGGGCUACUCCUGCCCAAGUUGGGGUGGCUUCCCAGGGGUGGCCCAAAGCUGGGUCAGACCCAUUUUUUACUGGUUUGUAUUAAGGUUCUAAUUUUUUAAAGUAACGCUAACUUUAUAUAUGGAUGACGUCUCAAAUGUAUUAAAUGAUAUUCUUUAGAAGCAUCA